GGCAGUAGUACUAGUCGCGCUCUGCCUCAGUUGGUAAAGGCACCCUUUCUGUCAUUCAUUGCAUUAACUAUGGCAGCUCCAAAGAAAGUGUGCAUCAUUGGCUCUGGAAAUUGGGGUUCGGCCAUUGCCAAGAUCAUUGGAAGCAAUGCUGCUACUAAUACAAAGUUUGACAACACCGUCAAUAUGUGGGUGUUUGAGGAGAUGGUUAAUGACCGUAAACUGACAGAGAUUAUCAACACUGACCAUGAAAAUGUGAAGUACCUCCCUGGGCACAAACUUCCAUCCAAUGUAGUGGCUGUCCCUGACCUGGUGGAUGCCACCCGUGAAGCAGACAUCCUGGUGUUUGUGAUCCCUCACCAGUUUAUUGGCAGAGUGUGUGACACCAUUAAGGGGAAGAUAAAGAGUGACGCACUCGGAAUGUCUCUAAUCAAGGGUGUAGACGAGGGGCCUGAUGGACUGAAGCUCAUCUCAGAGGUGAUCCAGGAGAAGCUCAGCAUCACCAUGAGUGUGCUCAUGGGGGCCAACAUCGCCAAUGAGGUCGCCGACGAGAAGUUCUGCGAGACCACCAUCGGCUGUAAGAAUGAGCAGCAUGGAGCUCUGCUGAAGGAGCUCAUGCAGACCGAUAACUUCCGGGUCACCGUGGUGGAGGAGUGUGAUGUGGUGGAGAUCUGCGGGGCACUCAAGAACAUCGUGGCGGUGGGCGCGGGGUUCUGCGACGGCCUGGGCUUCGGGGACAACACCAAGGCGGCGGUGAUCCGCCUGGGUCUCAUGGAGAUGAUCGCCUUCGCACGCAUCUUCUGCACCGCCGGGCCCGUCUCCUCGGCAACGUUCCUGGAGAGCUGCGGCGUUGCCGACCUCAUCACCACCUGCUACGGCGGUCGCAACCGCAAGGUGGCCGAGGCCUUCGCCAAGACGGGCAAGUCCAUCGAGGAGCUGGAGAAGGAAAUGCUCAACGGUCAGAAGCUGCAGGGACCGGCCACGGCCGCCGAGGUCAACCUCAUCCUGAAGCACAAAAACCUCAUCGACAAGUUCCCACUGUUCAACGCAGUAUAUCAGAUCUGCUACCAGGGCCACCCUGUCACAGAGUUCAUAACCUGUCUGCAGAACCACCCGGAGCACAUGUAACAGAUAACCGAACCAAGAGCCUUCCUACUCUGUGAGAGAGAGAGAGGGCCAUCGGUCGCACCUCACCUGUUAAAACUGUUACAAGAUCAGUUGGAUUUGAGCCACUACCAUCUAACUCCACAGCUAGGUCGGCACAGGUGAGAGGAAUAGCUGGUUCCUCUUGGAGGGUUUGGAUGCAUCCGUCUUGAGCAUAUUGAGCUGUAGCUAAACAAUCUCCUCCUGCCAAUAUCAAUAUAUAUAUAUACAUAAAGAUACUUUUUGUAUCAACUUUUUCCAAGUGCUUUUGGUCCAUCAUCUCAACCCUUCCCAGUACGGGAAGUUGAAGGGUCAGUACGGGAGCAACCGAUUUUUGUGGUCGUGUGGUACUUUCUCUUAGGUCUUAAUCAUUUAAAUGUAAUCAAAAUGCAUGUUUUAUUUUUGUCUUGUGACUGUGUGUACAUAAAGCCUUACUAAACAUAGCUAGCACUUUGCUAGCUAUAUCACCUGAUUAGCAAACCAGGGCCCGUACCAUGAACGGUUCUGAAGCAAGAGAACUUGUUUUUGAAUCGUCUCAGGGGGGCAAGGGUCAGUCAAACCUGUUUAAACUCAGCCCUUGAAUUGAUCAAGCUGGGGUUGAGAUUUUGAAAAGGGAUUAGCAUGUCCUUCGAUGAUGGUUUUUCUGUGGGAGGGAAACUCAGUGUGUCAAACAAGUAGUUAACUCCGUCCAAGUUUGUGUACCACUUUUCAGUUGGCCUACUAUUGUGAUUUGCUGGCGUAUGCAUAUAGGUUUUUCUUGAGUAUCAAAGCAUAUUGUUUAGUGGAUUGAAAGGUCCCAACUGUAUGUCUUGACUGACUAACGUCACCUAGCAACCUGCAGAUAUGAAGUGCCUUACUAAUGCAUUGUUGCUCAGUCUUUGGUUGUUCCUCUCCUUUGUGAUCCCAAAGACUUGCUUUCUAAAUGUCUCUAUGGUUUGGCUGUGUCGGUUCACCAUGACCUUGCCUUUGGGUGGUAACGCAUUAAUAGUUGUGUCAUGAAUAUUAUGUUAAAACAAAUAGAAAAAACUGCCUUUUGAUAUCAACUAAUUUGCUUAAUGUCAUCGGUUGGAUAAUAUUUAAUUGAAAUAAAAUAUGCCUUGAUUAAUCUGAUUCAAGAGUUGUUAUUGA